AUGAAUAUUUUAGAUGAAAAUGUCCUUAUCUGUCAAUUCCAAACCCAAGUUGAUCAACUCUAUAGGUCAAUGAACCAAGAACUCUUGAUCAAUCUCUUCCAUAUGGCCAACCAAACUGAAAAAGAAUUAACAUUAUAAAUAAUCGGAUCCCUGAUUGCCACAUAUAUCGAUACCAACCACCAAGAAAUCACCUGCUUCGAAAACAUUUAUCAAGGAGUCUUUCAAAUCAUCAGAAAAAUCAAUUCUACUUCAAAACCGGUUUAUCAUUUUUUAGGCUCAAUUUUAGCAACAAUUAUGUUUCAUUUCUAAGACAAACUUCCUACAAACUCCUUCAAUUUAUACAUUCAAGAACUCUUAAGUGCAAAACCAAUAGCCGCCUUCGCCAUUCUAGAAGCUGUUAUUAGAAGACUCACACCCAAUCACAAGUUACAUAAAAUCGCCGUAAUUACACUUGAUUCCCAACACAGGGCAGUUAAGAAUUACUUCUACAAAAAUAACCUCGAGCUAUUACUCAACAGUAUCAUGUUAAUCUUAAAAAAUAACUACGUUGAUCUUAUUGACAAAGCCAUCAACCUGUUUAGUCUAAUUAUGGAAGGAGAAUUCAUUACAGACACCAAAGAAAAAGACUUUCACAAACUAAGGAGGGCUGACAUUAAAAAUAACAACUCCCUUCAAUGUCAAUUAUCAAGAUUCAACCCUUGUUUCAUUGAAGCAGAGAUACAACAACUGAUGAUUGAAAACUCUAAUCUACAAUGGGUAGAUCCUACACGUUCAGACAUUAAAAGAUUAUGGUCUAGCAUUCUAGAUCCUGAAUUUAUCUAAUUGCUACUCAGACUCCUACCUCAAUGCAAUAUACUAUGGAAUGUACUUGGCAAAAUCUGUAAAAUAUUCAAAAAGCAUUUCCUCAAAGAACAGAGAGCUCUGGACCUCAUCCUUUUCAUGACUCAAGAAGUUUAGAAACUCGAUCCCACUCAAUUAGAUCUUGUUAAACUCUUGAAGUUUUCAUGUCGAACCAUCUACGCCAAUACUAACUAAGAUUGGCUUGUAUUUAACAUGUAGUUGUUCGCUAAAGCCAAUACAAUUGAAUAAUAAGUUCAAGUAUUUAGAUUUUUAAGGGAAAUUUGUAGAUAUUACAGACAGAUGCCAAACUGCAAUAAGGAAUACUUUAAUUAACUCUUUAUUCAGAUUAUUUAUAACUUCUUUAGCAAUUGGGUAUUGUCUCAGACUGAGGUCUUGCUUACAGAGAAUUAGUAUUACUAAAAUAUUAGAUACAAUAUCAAGGUCAUUACAUAAUUUAUCAACAAAGACUACUUCACAUUCUUUUAGUAAUUUAUUGCUUAAAAUUUGAGUAAUUUAAAAAUCGUUGUGCAUGCAUUCGAUUUCUUAUUGCUUGGAUUCAAAAGUUUGGUUUAUUCUACCUCAUAUUAAUUAGAUGUCUUGGUUAAAUUACGCCAUUAUUAAAGUAUGGAAAGAUUUCUAUAUCCUUUUGAUCUUGAGACUUUUAAUCAAUUCAAUUAUCAGGCCUUUUUCAUUGAAUUAAUUGAUGUCCUUUGGAAAAUCAAUGCUCAUUUGCUAUCCAAUGGAAUCCAAACCAAGUUUUACUAUUAUCUUUGGUCAGCCUUAUUCGAUUCUGAUCUACUCAUCAAAUUUGAACCAAUUAUGCAAUAGAUACAAAUAGAGAGAAAACUCUUCUUUGAUUUCACACAACUGCUAACAAUCACCGAUACAAAUCUACUCAAAAAAUGUCUAAGAUUAAUUAGCAAUUCAAAAAUCAGAUUCGAAAAAGAUUAAGUCUACAACAACUACACAUGCACAAUCAAUAAUAUCAUAGUUCCAGCUGAAUGCUUGGGUAUUUUUGAUCAUUUCCAAUUAAUCCAAGAUACAGAGUUAUAAGAGCUCUAUUACAGCAUUAAGUGUAGUAUUUAUAAUGCUCAAAAUGAAGCAUUCUACAAUUCUGAAGAUUGCGAUAAUUUACUCAAUUAAUUUUUGGUAGGUUUGAAUGGCUUAGUGACUAAUUUGUAAGACAUCCAAUCGAUCAUGUAUAUUUUCAAGAGUCUGUUAAAUGCAAAUGGUAGAUUUUCAUAUAAAUAAAUUAUGACCAUGAUGUGGGAACAAGAAAGAUUUAAUUAAUUCAAAUAAUUUCUACAAUUGAAUCCCAUAUCUGAAACCUCCAUCACUUUAUUGAUAUUCACAAAAAAAAUGAUAAGCAUAGAUUCAGUCAAAUCACUAAGAAGUGAGAUUGUUGAUGAAAUGUAUGAAUGGAUCUAUAGCUUAUCACAUUACUAUGUUGAUUGGUUAACCAGAAACAAUAAUGAUUUCAAUUAGGAGAGACAACUUGGAGAAAAAAGUGAAAAAAAAAUAUACUAAGUUUAUUAUCGACCUAUAAGAAAGUUACUUAAAUUGUUUGUUAAUUUUAAAUACAUGAGACAAUGCUUGACAAGUAAAGUCAAAGUCAAGGAAUAGAUACUCCAAUUAAUUUACAAACUCUUGCACCUGAUAAAUUUAAAUGAUCUUAACGUUCUUAUUCACAAAAUGGAACCUUUAUAUCGAGUAUGCGAAUGGCUGGUUGAAUUUGAACUUUCAAAUAACAAGAUGAAUCCAAAUGACUCACAUUUAAUACUUGAAUUUGCUAACAAAGCUAUUAGAAUAUAAGAAAAACAAACAUUCACCUUAGCAAUCAAAAUAUUUGAAAUUGCCAAAGAUAAGCCAGAUAUUUUAAAUAGACAUUAUGUACUUAUUCAAUUCAUUCUGGAAGACCUAUUGAUAGCUGCCUACAUUUAUAAUCAAAGAGUCUAAGAGAUUGGGAAAAUUCUAUACAAUCAUCUGAAAAAGCAUCCCAAUAUCUAUGAUUCUUUGUUUGUUUCCAUUCAACAACGAGUUUCCCAAAAAAAGUCUGCUCUAUGGCAACAAUAGUUCAUUUAAAAAGCAUCCAUUUUGAAACAAUAGCUUUAUUAAAAGCAAGAUCAAUUUAACGAUGCUUUUGUUCAACUACAAAUGCUUUACAAUUACCUUUAAUGA